CCGAACUCAUCCGGCGCGGCUAGCAGGGAAACCAACCGCCCCACAUUUUCUAUAUGCGACACUUCUCUCCCUCCCUUCUGAGACAAACCCUAGUUUCAAAAUCUGCAAGAGGAAAAUAAACACCAUAACACUCGAUUCCAUCUUGGUAUCCUCUGUGACCAGAUUACGUCUUUUCAACCAGGCGAGAAUCACCACCAUUGCUCGUGGGAUCUGCGAUUUCUUCCUUUUUUUUCUGUUUCGGGAAAGGGAUCUACAAUUUCUCCAUUUGGAGUCAGUGGGCGUUUGAGUCGGGGAUGGGAUGUACCUGAGGUGAAUUGGAUGCUGUUCACGACGUCGAUUUGGGUUAAAACAGUAUAAAGUGAUGCGAAUAUCGAGGAGAAGUUGGUUCGCUUGGCACAUAUGUUUAGGCUGAUGAAAUGUUUCCUUGGCCUUGAUCCGAGGAAUCCGCCGCCGAGGAGACUGCUAGAUGCCAAUUCACUGUCUACCCGGAGAUCCGUUGAAUUCAGGCAGCCGGAUAUGUUGGAGAUGGUUCAUGAGAUCGCCAUAUAUAUUCAUCGGUUCCAUAAUCUCGAUCUCUUUCAACAAGGAUGGUACCAGGUAAAAGCGAGUUUGAAAUGGGAGGAUGAUAGUCAGCGGUCUCGUGGUACUCCGUCAAGGGUUGUUCAGUAUGAAGCCCCUGACAUAACCUCAGAUGAUACUGUGGGUGUUUGGAGGAUAGAUGAUGCCGAACAGAGUUUCACUACGCAGCCCUUUCGGAUAAAAUAUGCAAGGCAGGAUGUCAUUUUGUCUGUAAUGAUCUCUUUCAAUUUAAAUAUUGGAUCAGAUGAGAUCCCUGCAAGGUCAGCAGUAAUACUAAAAUUUGAGCUCAUGUAUUCUCCUCUGUUAGAUAAUGGCAUAGAGAUGCAUGGUACUUUUGAGGCAUUUUCUACAGCAAUUCACGAAUUUAGGAUUCCUCCCAAAGCAUUGCUAGGCAUACAUUCAUACUGUCCAGUUCAUUUUGACGUCUACCAUGCAGUGCUUGUUGAUCUAAGCAUACAUGUUGUUCUCUUGAAAGCCGGUAUGACUUCACAGAAGGUACCCAGAGACUCUCUCUUGGUGGAACUUGAUGCGAAAGAAAUUUAUAAACAACCAAAUCAGUUAUUGGGACAAGGAAUUAAUUCGAGGGAGAUUGAACUUCUCAAGUCAUUGUUAAUAUCACAUGAAAGUCUUGUCGUGGAACUUCAGAAGAUCAGUAGUGUGAUUGAUCAGAAAAUUGAUGAUUUAACUGAAGCUGAUUUAAACUAUAGUAUAUUUGGGUUAAGUGGUUCUACACUGUCAGAUGUAUCUAGUGUCAGUUCUAAUGGGAAUAUGGGAUUGGGACAGGCUGCAGACACUUUUCAGGUUGUUGUAGAGAACUCUAAUGGCGUGUUUGAUGUUCGGAAUGAUGUCAUGCUCUAUUCUCUAUCCAAGGAAGAGAUUCUUGAUGUAUUUUUCUCUGUAGGCAGCCAACUUUCAUUAUUAUGGAAUGCAUUUUUAAAAUUUCACAGGGCUCAUAGAAUCAAGUUAAUUGAACAUCUACGGAAUUCAUGGGCUGCUGAUAGGAAGGCAGAGUGGUCAAUUUGGAUGGUCCAUUCGAAGAUUGAAAUUCCUCAUCGCUAUUUACGAAGUAAUUCCAAUAAUUCAUCACAACGCAGCACACUUGGAAAGGCUGUUCAACGGAAAUAUGGGGAUGAUCCGGCACAAAGUGCAACUGCUCGUGCUGAGCUUCACAGGAAAAGCAUUGCACAAAUGAAGAUUAAUAACAGAUCAAUUCAAGACAUGCAAAUUUUUGGUGAUCCUUCACGCAUACCUGUUGUUAUUAUAGAACAACAUGUCAUGAAUGUACCUCUCCAUGGUUCUAGUGACAACUUUUUGUUAUCUACCUCAGACGAGAAUGCCUCCCCUGCAGUAACUUCAGGUUCUGGUGAGAAGAAUACACCGGAGUCCUCUGAUCUUGGCAAAAGAGGUGGUCGAGUGCUAAAAGUAGUGGUCUUUGUACAUGGAUUUCAGGGACACCAUCUGGAUCUCCGUUUAGUUAGGAAUCAGUGGCUGUUGCUAGAUCCAGGUACUGAGUGUCUAAUGUCAGAGGUUAAUGAAGAAAGAACUUCGGGAGACUUAAGGGAAAUGGGAAGCAGAUUGGCUGAAGAAGUGACUGUUUUUGUUAAAAAAAAGAUUGACAAGCUUUCAAGAUAUGGAGGUUGCAAGGACUUGAAGCUUAGUUUUGUAGGCCAUUCUAUUGGAAACAUUAUAAUAAGAACUGCCUUAGCAGACAGGUUGUUUGAUCCGUAUCAUAAAAACCUUCAUACGUAUAUGUCAGUUUCUGGGCCGCACUUGGGGUACUGGUACAGCUCGAACUCCUUGUUCAACUCUGGUUUGUGGGUAUUGAAGAAACUCAAAAACAGUCAGUGCAUCCAUCAGCUUACUUUCAGUGAUGAUGCUGAUCUCCAGAAUACUUUCUUUUACAAGCUGUGUAAGAAGACCUUGGAGAACUUCAAGAAUAUUAUCCUACUAUCCUCUCCACAGGAUGGUUAUGUUCCGUAUCAUUCAGCCAGAAUCGAGCUAUCUCCAGCUUCUUCUUCAGAUAACUCAAAGAAGGCUCAAAUAUUCCUUGAAAUGCUCAACAACUGCCUGGAUCAAAUUCGAGCUCCCUCAUCCAAGCAGCGAGUAUUCAUGCGUUGCGAUGUCAACUUUGACUCAUCUAACCAGGGCAAGAAUUUGAAUACCUUCAUUGGCAGAGCUGCCCACAUUGAGUUUCUGGAGACCGACAUCUUUGCCAAGUUUAUAAUGUGGUCAUUUCCUGAACUCUUCCGCUGACACUUUUCUGGCCUUCUCUUCCCUACUUCUUCUGUCGGGUAAUAGCUGAUGCAAACUUCCGUGGUGAAGCAUGUGAGGCCAGACAAGUUGAGCUUUUUUGAUAUAUUGUUGCAUUUAUUGAUAUUUUGUAAAUUAUCCCCUUCUUCGAUUGUUUUUUUUUUUUUUGUAUAACAGACAUUAGAAGUGGAACAAAAUGGAAGAAACAUGGAGCAAAAAGGAGAAAAUUUCACGAAAAAGCCGUUUGUGAAGGCUGAGACCAUGACACCAAGUAUUUGGCACCUAUGCGCUAGCUAAGCCUAGAAACCUUGAGAAUGGUGCCAGGGCGCCAACCAUUGGGCCAAAACCAUGACACCAGAUCAGUGUAGUGUGUAAGCACCGGUCAAGUAAAGUUCAACCCGAGAGGAAGGUGCUUAGGCGUCAAACAUUGGGCACCAUGGCCCUAGUCCUGAAGGCCAAGGUCAUGGCGCCAAAAUAGAGUGGUGCCUUAGUGCCAUGACGAAAUUCUGGACAUUUUUUAGAUGAUUUAAAGUUGUUUCAGAGUGAGUUAAUGGCAAUUUUAAGACCACUACAGAGGAUUUUAAGAGGAGAAGAAGAGUUUGUGAAGAACAAGUUUAAAGUGUUUUGUUGGUGGUGAUUUAUGGGGUGUGUUUUAAGUUUAGAGAGUCUUGUGGAGGGAUUUUCCUCCAUUGUUUGUUAAGUAUCCUAGGCUUGUUCUAAGCACGUCUAAGGAUGUGAGUUGUGUUGUGUUGUAAGUGCUGUUGUCUAAGGAGUUCUAGAAGAAGAGCAAGGGCUUGGAUGGAGCAAUUUCAAGGCAAAUUGAG